AUGAUGCUAGUUAAGUGCUCAAUCCUGGUUGGAGUCCUCACGCUGGUGAACAGCGUCACGGGUAAGUCCAACAUAUCCAAGUGCCUCUUUUACGAUAAAAGGAAUUACGAUCUGAAGCAGACGUUUUAUGUGCCAACCAGUGACGUGGAGAUAAAUUACGCAAGAAGUAUUUUAAAAAAUGUGGAAUUUAAAUGUGAAGGAAUUGAAGACUAUGAGUCCAAAGUAAAAUGCAACUUAUGUGUAUAUACAGAAAUCGUUAAUAAUAAACAUAUAAGACAAGGACAGAUUAUUCAGAUUUUUAUGAAUGAAUGCAUGUAUGGUUUUUAUUACUAUGACAAUAUUAGCCAAUACACACAGAACAACAAAGCGGUCAGUGCCUUCGCGGAGGAGGACGGAAAUUCACAGGCCAAGCUGGACGAUAUUUACUUCAGCAUCACCAAGGACGUCGCCGAGGGGAACACCAGUCAGAUCAACUUCUUCAAGCAGCCCGCGAGCAAGUACCACCCGGUUUGCUACGUCACGGAGUAG